CAAUGGAAAGCCUCUCGCUGCUAUAUUGAUCGGUCCUUCCAAAAAGCGUGGUGUAGCAGAAUUUCGGCGUCCUGAAGGUUAGUGAAUUAAAAUACAGCAUGGGCUCGGAAGAAACUCAAGCACCCAUCCCUGAUUUGAACGUGCCAAUCGUUUGGGUGUUGGGAGGUCCAGGUUCUGGAAAAGGUACCCAAUGCGAAAAAAUUGUGGAACGAUAUGACCUCACCCACUUAUCUACCGGUGAUUUACUUCGAGCUGAAGUAGAGAGCGGCUCCGACAGGGGCAGGGAGCUCCAAGACAUCAUGACCAAAGGUGAGCUGGUUCCGAACGAGACGGUGCUCAAUCUGCUUAGAGAUGCGAUGAUAAAGGCGCUGCCUGACGCUAAAGGAUUCCUAAUCGACGGCUACCCGAGAGAGAAACAGCAGGGCAUAGAUUUCGAGCAGAGCAUCGGCCCGAUGACGAUAGCCAUUUACUUCGAGGCCUCCGAUCAAGUGCUGAUCGAGAGAUUGCUGGAGAGAGGACAGACGUCUGGAAGAGCGGACGAUAAUAUUAAAACAAUCAAACAGAGAUUAGCGACGUUCAAGGCUAAUAACGAUGCCAUUUUGCAGCACUUUGCUGAGAAAAUUCAGAAGGUUAACGCAGAGCGACUGCAACAAAAAAUUUUUGAGGAUGUUAUAACCAUCUUAGAUCCAGUGCUGCCUUAAAUUGUCACGAUGAGUGCUGUCUGUACAAUAAAUAUGUUAGAAGGAAGACAACACAACACAAUUGACACGAAAUUUUACGUUAGGAGAUACUUUUAUUAUUAAUUAUUUAUUGCAAAAUAUAUUUUCACUCUUUAGUUGAAUAUUUAUUUCCUUUGGUUCGCUCUAUAUAACACACCAGGAAGAAUUUUAAAAUUAAACUUGAAAAUUUAUUGACCAGUUAAUUACAUUAUUACAUUAGUUUUUCUUAAUAGGUAAGUAAAUAUGUACCUAUAUGUGUUUUGCUAUGUUGCAGUCCAAUAUCACCAGAUUUAUAUCCGUCGUUUCUAUAAUUAUACCUAAAGUGUUAUUAU